UAGUUCGCGGCCUGUCCAGCAGGCGUCGCUCUUCAGAGCUCAGCUGUUAAACCGUAGAAGAAGAAGUGAAGGCGCUUCGGGGUGCAGAAUCAAAAUGUCUGCUCCGAAAACCAUCCCUAAAGACGCUCAGGUGAUGAUCCAGAUCCUGAAGGACAUGGGGAUCACCGAGUACGAGCCCCGAGUCAUCAACCAGAUGUUGGAGUUCACCUACAGAUAUGUGACGACCAUCAUAGAAGACGCCAAAAUCUACGCCACACAUGCCAAGAAGUCCAACGUGGACGCUGACGACAUCAAACUGGCCAUCCAGUGCCGCAUGGACCAGUCGUUCACCUCGCCACCGCCACGAGACUUCCUGUUGGAGGUGGCGAGGCAGAAGAAUCAGACUCCUCUCCCGCUCAUCAAACCUUACACUGGACCUCGACUUCCUCCAGACCGCUACUGUCUGACGGCGCCCAACUACAGACUCAAGUCCGUUCAGAAAAAGGUAUCGUCGUCUGCAGGCAGGAUAUCAGUACCUCGCCUCAGUGUUGGCGCCGUCUCCAGCAGACCGAGCACACCGACAAUCGGAACUCCGUCUGUCCAGUCUGUCACCACUAAAGUCGGAACUCCAGUGUCUCUGACGGGCCAGAGGUUCACCGUACAGAUCCCACCGCCCUCUCAGACGGCCUCCACCAAAACCACCACGCCGUCCACGCCUGCCGUCUCCAACGUCCUCAUCAACCCGUCUCUGAUCGGCUCCAAGAACAUCCUCAUCACCACCAACAUGGUGUCGCAGAACUCCGGCGCCGAGACGCUGAAGAGGAAGCACGAAGACGACGACGACUACGACGCUUUAUGACGGCGCGACUGAAGACAAAAUCGCUUUUUGUAAUUAAUCCCCUAAAAAGACCCCGGACACUGCUCAUCAGAAACUGAUCCAGCUCGUUAAGAACUUGUUGUGUUAGUUUUAGUUUUCUAGAAUUUGUUUAACCAGAGAGACGACACUCUUCACCGUCAGUGUUCAUGCUGGGAGUCGACCAGUAACACCAGUCUGCCGUGAUAAAGCUGGACUGGACUCACACAGAGGAAACCUGCUGAUGUUCCACUGAUUUACAAUAAACUACAUCCAAAACAAGAA